AUGUAUGAAACAUUGACAGACGAAACUACGAAGCUACUGCCUAAGAAACAUGGCAUCCCUGAUCCCAUACUUGAUAAUCGGUCGGAUCGUGAUAAACGAUUUUCACAAUUUCUAAUCUUGUUCAGUAUUUUAUGUGAACGAGCUGCGUUCUAUUCGCUCGUUCUUAACCUUGUCAGUAGUCUGAGUUCCGAUGGAUUACUCCACUGGUCGGCAUCCCAUAGUUCAUUCGCAGCAUUUCUUUUUUCCGGAAUUUCCAAUAUAUCCGCCAUCAUUUUUGCUAUCAUCAGUGAUGGCUUGUAUCGCCGAGCAAUAACAAUUAGUGCCGGUUUUGUAAUAUACUUAUUUGGAUAUGGAUUUGCCAUCGCGGUCACGAAUCCAUCGGCAAACGUAUGUAUACCCAGCCUGAGAAACGCAACUGUUCCUCAACCUGCGAGUUCAUUAAUUGACGAACCAUGUGCUAGUUGGAUUCUUCCAGUACUAAGUGUCAUUGCUAUUGGAAGUGGUGCUAUACAAUCAAACAUGGCUGUUUUCGGUGCCGAGCAAACACAAACAUCGAAAGCAACAACGAGAUACUUUGAUCAAUAUCUCGUCGCUGUCAAUAUUGGCGGCAUCAUAGGAUCAUUGAUGGUUUCUCUUAUUCAAAAAGACAUUAAAUCAUACUUCGUUGGAUACUCAGUAGCCGCCGGAUUGCUUGUUUGUUCGUUUCUUCUAUUCAUCAUUGGCUAUCGAUAUUACCUUCAUGUCGAACCGAUUGAUACCGUCGUUCGAACAUGUUAUCGAUAUGUGAUCACUUCAUUACGAUUACGAUGGCAAGCAAAGAAAGAAAGACGUGAUUCUACAUCAUCUGGAGACGAAACCAAUCCGAGAAAUAGCGGACGAUUCACCGAUCGAAUGGUUAAUGAUAUCAAGUCUUUUCGACGUGCACUCCUGGUCUUCAGUCUUCUCAUACCAUACUUCCUUAUUUAUAAUCAGAUAAGUUCCACGUUUCCCCUACAAGGCGAACAUAUGUGGAAGCCAGCUGGCGUCAGAAACAUCGUCACACUGAUGAUACUUGCUGAUCCGGUAACAUUGAUCAUCGGCUUGGUCAUAAUUUACUUGGUUUUCUAUCGAGGCCGUGAUUGGCCUCAUACGGAAACAACAAUUCAUCGAAAAUUUCUUGUUGGUAUGUUUUUAGCAUGUAUCGCCAUGUUAAUUGCUGGAACUUUGGAAAAAUAUCGACGAGACACCUGUGAUCCAAAAACCGACAAAUCGAGCAUCUCAAUAUAUUAUCUACUAGGUCAAAACAUAUGCAUGGGCGUUUCCGAAGUGUUUGCUAUGUUAGCUAGCUUCGAAUACGCUUACUUCGCAGCACCACGAUCAGCCCAAUCACUGUUUAUGAGUUUGAGGUUUGUUUCUAUCGGUAUUGCAUCGUUUAUUGGCAGUGGAUUGAUCAAUCUUUAUCCAAAUACUUCAUUCAAUCUGGAUUUUAGCUGUCGUGCUGAAGAUACAAUGGACUGGGCUUUCUAUUGUUAUUUUUUUAUCAUCGCUUUUGUGCAGUUCGUGUUUUUUAUUAUUUUUUAUGCAUCUCAAUCGGCAUUCCAUCUUAUUGAAAUCAGUCCGCAGCAGAUAGAAAAAGGUUAUUCUGCAAAUUAA